CCUCCGCACCUCUACAGCUCCACAGACCGGGCGGUCUAAUCCCACCGGUCUCUAUGGCUUCCACCACCUCACGACCGCCAAAGGUUUCCGACGCCUCGUCGACGAAGCCAUCGAGAGGUGAAGCGGAGCAUAAACACUUUUUCAUUUUAGUUUGCUUCACGAGAAAAAAAAAGAUGAGGAAAAGGGAGAAAACUAAUUAAGAUGGCUAAGCUUGAUUGGUUAAUUCUUCCAUUGUAAAUUACAAGAAAAAGGAAGAAAAUUAAAGCUCUGUUCAAUUGGACUCGGUCUUCUUUUAUUUUCAUGCGUCCUUUGGCACCCAAGAACAAGAUUGAGGCUUUGUUUCGGAAUUGUUCAUUCCAUGCCAACGUACCAAUAUUAACUGUGUGGGAAAAAAAUGCUGCUGAGAAGUCACUGAGAAGGAAAUGCUCUCUAUGUUCUACUUAAAAAUUCUUAGACGAAAAUAAUGCAAAGUCUGCUGAAAAUAGCUUUCAUGCUUCACUAUCUUUUUCCUCCUUGUCUUUGCUUUUAGCUUAGAUUAGAUGCUUUGAUAUCAGUUUGGAUUAAUACCACGUUAAAUUGCGUGAGCUUCAGAAUUGAUUAGUAUUGAGAUCGUGCUAAUGUUAUUGUAUAUCAUUAACAAAAGUAUAUGGGCAAUAUUGACGAUCACUUAAAUUCAAUUUUACUCCUCACAAAUGUGUAAUGAGAAGCAUCUUUUAGGCUUUUGGGACUAAACCUGCAUUUUAGACUCUGCAUCGUAUUAUUAUUGCUAUUUUUAUUAUUAUGAAAUAGUUGACAACUGCCUUUAUCAGGUGCAGUUUAAGUUCAACUUAUUGUCUUUCCUAAGAAAAUGUUGGAUAUGAAAAAUAGAAACUUAGGUGAAAUAUUGAAUUUUGAGUUCUUUUGUUAGACCUUACAUUCUAUAAGGAUCGUUUGCAUUUUUUUUUAUUUUAUUUUUUUUGCAGAUGUAUUCAGCUGCAUGUUUUUACUGAGUUUUGACAAUUGCUAGGUCUGGGGAGCUCAUUGAUUACAUAUCUAGGAUGCCUUCAUCAGCAGAUAUCAUCCGAGCCAUGGAUGAGAUUUCAGACACAGUCUGCUCUGUUGUUGACUCUGCAGAACUGUGCCGACAUACUCAUCCAGACAGGGACUUUGUUGAGGAAGCCAACAAGGCGUCAAUGAGAAUUAAUGAAUAUCUACAUUAUCUAAAUACAAAUCAUGCUUUAUACAAUGCGGUGUUGAAAGCUGAGCAAGAUGGCCAUUUGCUCUCCCAAGAAGCUCAAAGGGCAGCGCAUUACCUACGUGUUGACUUUGAGAAGGGUGGAAUCCACCUCUGUGCAGAAAAAUUGGAUCGACUUAAUCAGCUAAACAAAGACAGUGCUCAUUUGUGCAAGGAGUUCGGUGAAAAUAUUGUUACUGACCCAGGAUAUGUGGAUAUAUUUCCAGCGUCACGUAUCUCAAAACAUUUUCCCUGUCUCUUAAAGCCAAUAUAUCGGUCCACAUCUAGAGAUGUAAAAGAAAAGGGAUACCGAAUAACAACAGAGCCGGGUACUUUAUCUUCUAUUCUGCAGUGGGUAUCAGAUGAUGAGGUUAGGAAACUGGCGUACAUCCAGGGAAAUUCUGUCCCCCAUGCAAACCUUGGGGUCCUUGAUAAACUGAUAGCUACUCGUCAUGAGAUUGCUGAGAUAUUGGGGUAUAAAUCUUAUGCUGAAUUUGCGGUGCAUCCAAAUAUGGCUUCAUCACCAGAGAUUGUAAUGUCCUUUUUGCUUGAGAUGAGCGAGGUGGCUAGGCCCAAGGCUGAUGAGGAGUUUAAAGCAAUUCGAAAUUUUAAAAGAGUAAAAAGUGGCCAAUUAAAUGGAGAUUUAGAACCAUGGGAUGAGGCAUACUUCACAGGGAUGAUGAAAUCUUCUGCUUACCAAUUAGAGUCUUCGGCUAUAGCCUCGUAUUUUCCAUUGUCACAAUGUAUUGAGGGUUUGAAAGUUCUGGUGGAGUCAUUGUUUGGUGCAACAUUUCAAAGCAUUCCUCUUGCACCGGGUGAAUCAUGGCAUUCGGAUGUGCUCAAGUUGUCACUUCAUCAUCCUGAAGAGGGUGAUUUGGGCUAUCUCUACCUAGAUCUGUAUUCAAGGAAGGGCAAGUAUCCUGGUUGUGCUCAUUUUGCUAUCAAAGGGGGGCGCCAGAUCUCUGAGACAGAAUAUCAACUUCCUGUUGUUGCCCUUGUUUGCAACUUUUCAGGUACCCAAGCUUCAUCAGCUGCUAGGCUUAACCAUUGGGAAGUAGAAACUCUUUUUCAUGAGUUUGGACAUGCUUUACAUUCCUUGCUUUCACGGACGGUUUACCAACAUUUUUCUGGCACCAGGGUGGUUCUUGAUUUAGCUGAAACACCUUCAAACCUCUUUGAGUACUAUGCAUGGGAUUAUCGAGUCUUAAGGACAUUUGCUAGACACUAUUCAACUGGUGAGGUAAUACCUAAAAAAUUAGUGGACUCGAUGCAAGGUGCCAGAAGGAUGUUUGCUGCAACUGAGAUGCAACGUCAGAUUUUUUAUGCCUUGACUGACCAAGUGCUUUUUGGAGAGCACGCAUCCCCACCAAGAGAUACAGUUUCUAUCAUUGCAAAUUUGAAAAGACAAUACACCAGUUGGAAGCAUGUGGAGGGUACGCAUUGGCACACCCGAUUCAAUCACCUUUUAAAUUAUGGAGCAGGAUAUUAUAGCUACUUGUACGCGAAGUGUUUUGCAGCCACUAUAUGGCAAAAGUUGUGUAAUGAGGAUCCUUUAUCAUUAUCCACUGGAACUGCUCUGAGAACAAAAUUCUUGCAACAUGGUGGAGCCAAAGACCCAGUCCAUUUGUUGAAUGAUAUAGCAGGCAAUGGGAUUCUGAGGUAUCAUAAUGGAGGGAUUAUCCCCGACAUCUCAAGCGUUUGUGAUGAAAUGGAACUUGUAGCUGGUAAGAAUAGCUAAUUGGGAAUAAAUAAAUAAUUGAGGGAAUGAGCAGCACACUGCGCAAGGCUUCAGCAAUUGCGGGGCAAAGGAAAAACACGUGUGGAGAAAAACAGGGGACGGAUACAUCAGGUGCUGCUUUAGUAAAAACAAUGGGGGCGUAUAUGAAAUAUGAAUUGAUAGCAGCAGAGAUGCCACCAUGAGGUGUGAAAGUAGUCCAUUCGGAGGUCGCUAGAUAAAUAUUUUUGGUUUAGUUUACUCUCCAAUAAAUGAUUAGUUAUAUAGUGAUGCCUCCAAGUUAUGUUUCUGCUGAAGGCCCUAAUGUUCAGCAUAAGCGGAUGUCCGCUAGAAAGUAAUUGUAAUUUUUUGUUUCCAUAAUUGUUUUAAUUUAUUUUUAUUUAGGAGGCAGAGCAAAGAGCUGGAGCGGUGACUGUUAAUUCUUUUGGAACAUUUGUAGGAUUAUUGCUUUGAUAAAAGAACACUGGCUGGAAUAUUUAAGCAGGUUGAUGGAUCCAAUGUAACUCUAAUUGUAAAAAUGCGUUACACUAUUCA